CACUCCCUACCAUCACCGCAUCUACAAGUACCUCCCGUCUCUGGUUGCACCUUACUGUAAGUUAACUUAUUUGAAGAUAGUUCUGAGGAUCCUACAACCUCCAGUUCUUCGUAGGACAUCUAACGCAAUGGCACUCAAACGCAUUAACAAGGAAUUGAUUGACCUCGGGCGUGAUCCACCUUCGUCUUGCAGCGCUGGUCCGACAGGUGACAACAUGUUCCAAUGGCAGGCAACGAUAAUGGGACCGGGUGACUCGCCGUAUGCUGGUGGCGUGUUCUUCCUUUCGAUCGCUUUCCCUACGGACUAUCCGUUCAAGCCUCCGAAAGUCAGUUUUACGACGAAGAUUUACCACCCAAACAUCAAUGCAAACGGAUCGAUCUGUCUCGAUAUCCUGAGAGAUCAAUGGUCUCCAGCGUUGACGAUCUCUAAAGUUCUUCUUUCGAUUUGCUCGAUGCUCACUGAUCCCAACCCGGACGAUCCAUUGGUGCACGACAUUGCGCACUUGUACAAGACAGAUCGCGCUCGAUACGAAGCAACUGCGAGGGAGUGGACAAGGAAGUACGCUAUGUAGUGCGAUGCGGCCGCCUUGCAUUACUCUACUGUGCCGAUGAGUUGUAUUGGUUGGCUGCUGUACGAAAUUGUAUCAGUGUCUAUUAUUGCAUGUUCAUGUUCUAGUACCCUCCACCCCGCCUCCUUUUUGUGACAAUGAAUUGAAUAGGCUCCAUUUGACAUACCUGCCAGGAUGCAUCUCAUCAGACGCUGCAUUGCGACGGCGGCCAAGCUU